GGAAAAAAUAAUGGUCAAAUGCGUUCUGUUCCAAUCCUCUCUUCCGCUACAGCAAUAAAAAUUAAUCCACUCCUAGCACUCGGAGGGCAGGAGGCAAAGCUGAAGUAUUGGUUUCAGAUUCGCCGUUCCUGUUAGCCAGCUCAUCGGUGCUGUGACCGUUUGGUCCAGUGGGGUUUCUCUUUCUGGGCUUUUUUGGUUUAUGAUUUCAUGUUGGUAGAAAAUAGGAAGAGCAGAGACAUGGGACGGGCUUGAAGGGUACAAUUGCUCCUGGGUUGUGUUGCUAUCACAGCUGCAGUGCUGUGGGUGACUCUAGUAGUCCUAGACUACUAGACCUAGACGUCUAGGGGACCUCAUUGAUAAAGACUUGGCACCUAAAUUCACCGUGCUGGUUCUUGAUGUGAGUAUGGGCUCCAUUUUGGUUCUGAGCUGCGGCAGAGAUGGAAACAUAAGAAAUGUUGUCCCUCUUCCCCAUCAGGGGCAGUACAGGCCUUUGAAGAACCAUUUCUUUUGGCUUUCACAAGCACCUGGAGUGCUGGUUUUAGGUCUUGGAGUGCUACUGUUUUCCUGUGAGAGGGAAUUAGCCGGAGUUUAGCAAAACCGAAGCCUUCAUCUUGUGCAGUAUUUCUGGAUAAUUUGCAAAGCUGAUCUGUUGCCCUGCUGCAGGCUUCACAUUGUAGGAAAACCUCACUCCCCAAAGGGAGAUGAGCUCUGCCCUUGCAAAGAUCCUUGGCCCUGCAUUUUUCUCAGUCAGAACAUCAGUGGCUUGGACGUUGUUUUGGAUAAAGUCUAAAGCGAUGCUCCACAAGGGUCAGGCUGCAAUGUGGAGCCCCUUGAUAGAGGAAGGAUUUCAAGACGUUGCCAUGUUCUGCGCUCGUCUGGGUGUCCCUGCAGGCAGGUGUGCCAGGACAUGGGAUAUCUGCCACUCCGGGAAGAUCCAGGGAGGCUGCAAGUGCUCUGGGUACCUGAAAACCAGGAGCAUGGUGUACCGAUGAUUUUGCCUGCUUUGUUUCACUUGUAUCCUUUGUUAACAAGGGGCAGUCUAGAGGGAAAUAGUCUAUUAUUAAUAUUUAAUUUCCUCCUAUUACUGUAAGCAGAUGACCUAAAGAUCAUUUAGCCAACAGCCAAUAAUAAAGCAAAUAGGGCAACCAGAACAAGUGCGUCUUGGUUAGGAGGGUGAUGCCUCCUUACUCCUCUCUUUCCUGCCCCACCCCACUGUGUUCCUCCAUCCUUCAAGGGAGGAGAAGCAGUGGGGCUGUCUCCAGCCCUCGUGCGCUGGGUCAGGGCUGUGGGGGAGCUGUUCUAAAUGAGGUGUGUUCAUAGAACGUACUGGGGUUCAGAAAGCAAACCUGGGGCAACACUGAAAAGUGCUGCUGCUGUCUUCCCUGUUUUCACUCUGUUUGGAGUCUGAGCUGUUUUGUGGAUUGGUGCAGUGCCUGUGUGCACAUUGACUCGUUGUGGCAUGAUCCUCUGGAGAAAUGAGGAGAGAGAACUUUCGAAGAAACUUGAAUAUAAAAGAUAGUGAGAUUCUCUUUGAGCUGAAGGGCUUUAAGUGAGGAUAAGAAGCAACAAGCGUCUCCCCUCCAGGCUUUGGAAAGAAGGAAGUGAAUUCUUUAGCAGCAGCAAUGUUCUGCUUGCAGCCGUGUGUGAAUGGAAGGAUUUUCCCCUAGAGAGGAAGGUGAUCUGUAGGCAGCUGGUACCUGAGGAGGGCUGCGUUGUCUGGUGGAGAUGCUUGAUGGCGACCCAUGGAGCAAGGUUGGAUGAGGAUUCCCCCAUGGCCCUGUGAGCUGCCCGAAGGGACCGAGAGCAGGGAAUGAGUUUUUUGGAGAUGGGUGAUGGGAAGUGCGCGGUGGCCAAGGGCUCACCUCAAUGCUUCAGGUGAUCAGGAGGGUGAGGGGCAGCACCUUAGUCCAAAGCCAACUGGAGAUACCAAACAAAAGCUUACUUGGUCUCCAGUGGUGAAUUGCUUCAUGGGAACAUGCUGUUCAGAUGCUUUAUUGAAUUUUCAAGGAGCAGUUUUUCACUGGGACUGAAAUCUGAGAGAGAACAGAGUGUUCCAAGUCACUAAAAAUGAGCAGAGCAACAGCUUUACAGGUUUGUGAGAGGCAAAAAAAAGGUUUAUUUAAUAAUAGGGAAAAAGCCAGAACAUGGCCCAGGGUAUCAAGGAAGAAUUAAUCCAAUUAACAAGACAAAACAUGAGAUUGAGAAGAAAUACUAAUUGUAGCUGUCCAGCAGGUUGUGUGAUACAGAUUAUUUUUCUGAAGUUUAAAGAGGCUUGUAAUAUCGAUCCCUCAAGGGCCUGAGCUGUUAAAUAUACACUUCUCCAGUGAGUAAAACAAGUUGUUAAUUAAUUUUGUCUUGUCAGACCUGGUUGCUGAGCCUUUGAGUCUUGCAUGAAGUCAAUGAUUUUGUAAUAUAUCUUCUUGUCUAGGUGGUCUGUAUCUCAUUUUGUCUCCACACAGUGAAUUUCUAGUGAUAUGCAAAGAAAGAUUGGCCCUUUCCUUGCUUUAGUGCAAGUUGCAAACUGGUCUGCAGUUUAAGACGUGUUGUGCUGUUGAAAGCUAUAGCAGGCUGGGACUGGGAGAGAUCAGUGAGACACAAGGGAAUGCUGGGUUGAUAUGAGAGCCCCCUGAAUGGUGACACCUCUGUAAGUAGUGGGUGAGAGCCCUGACGUGCUGGCGUUGUGUGGUGAACGAUUCCUGCUUCUAGCAGCAGUUGUUAGUGAAGAAGCACUGGCGCUGAAGCGGACACAAAAUGUUGUUUGGUUGUGACUGGGACACCUGCUCAGCUCAGGGCAUUUCUCUUCUGAGAUGUGCUGGCUCUGCAGAACUCUCUGAGUGUUUUCCAUCCCAUCUGGGAGCAGGUUGGGGUGGAAGGGCAUGUUGUCCUCCUCUGGACAUAACAUCUUGCAGAUUGCCUCUCAGUAAAUAGCUAGGCUGAAGAGUCAGCCCACUGGCUGUGAAGGGGAAUGGGAAACAAGGGGCCAAACAAAUUGAAAGCUAAAUUGAAAGGUUAAAAUGAGACCGUGAAACGAACUGUGGAAGUAGAAGGUUAGAAGCUCUGCUGCAUUAGAAAACAGUAUGUGGUGUGGUCAUCAAGCUUCAGAUUCCAGCGUCGUGCUUUUUCAGAACUUGUGCAGAGCUGUCAGUAAUUCCAGCAUUGUCUUUGUGCUGAAAAAUUGGUAUGAGGGGACCUCUUCGGAGCAGGUGUGUUGCUUUACUCCAUGUCCUGUUGGAAAUCCAGUUUGAGGUGAGCCACUGAGAGAGCCAGGUGAAGCAAAAUGCGUGAGAGAUUAAUAUGAAUUCAUGAUCUAACCAAAGGGAGCUCUAGAACUGGGAAGAGUAUCCCCUGUUUCAUUGACAGCGUUAGUUACCCCAUCACCAUCUCUGCAACCAUGGUACUGUGGGACAUGGGAGCCUGCACCCAUCUAACAAACACUGUGUUUCUCUUACGGUCUUAUUUUUCCUUUGGUUGGUUGUUUGGCUUCUGCCAACUUUUUUCCUGCCUUUCCCCCUCCCAUCCUUUUCUUACUCUCUUACACAAAGUGUUGUCGCUUAUUUUUCGUCUUGCCCUUUGUUUUCUUUCCCUCCCGAUUUUCUUCGUCCCUAUCUGCUAUUCUGAUCUCCUUCUCUGGAAGGCAGGCUGCGGGGGAGAUUUCAUUAUCAGUGCCUUGAAACAAACCCAUUGGGACCUGAAAUGGACAAUCAGACAUUGGAGAAGUGAUGUAGGAACACAUUGCCGACAGCCCUGAAAUUCCAGAAGGUAGAAGCAGUCCGUGGGAGGUCAGUGGAAAACAGGGUUUUUGCUAAGGGAAGAUAAACAAUAUGGAGACUUCUUGGGGUUUUUGUUCUUUAGAAAAGAUUAAAUGGAUGAUCUUUAUCUCCCUCUUAAUAGCAAUAUCACAAACUAAUCUGUUCUGUUCAUUUCUUCCACACAAACCAAACAAAACAUACAAAAGAUUGUUGGAGGUGAGGGAGAAGCUGGGUUUUUGAAACGUAUCCAAGCCACCAAGAGCCAUUUACUUUCCUUUCAAAUGCUGCAUUAGCAGUAGAGCUCUAAAUCAAUGAAAGGUCUAAAAUUAGAUUAUGUUCCUGAGAUCAGAUGUGAAUCACAAGUUAAUCAUAUUUUCUUUUAUUAUCACUGUCUUUACCCUUUUAUUUUGUCCUGAGAAAUUAGGUUUCUGACUUCAAAACAGUGAACUGUGAAGGCAUGCUACCUGCUGGGUUAGGCCACGGCCUGUCACUUGUGGAUGGGGCACCAAAAAUCAUUUGUUUUGAAGGAAACUACGAGAGAAGUUGAGCGUUUGCUUGGGCUGAAGAGAAUGUUUCCCAGAUCUUGGGCAGAAAAAGGGAAAGAGAACUGAGGACUUUGCUGGUAGGUAUGCCUGACAGGAAGCCAUGGCUAGCAGUGUGACCGUCAACAGGAAACAAAACUUCACAGCCGAUGUGACGCUGACGUACAGCACACUCGCUGCGUCGUGUUGCCUGCUGAACUCUGUGGCCUGGGGAGCGGUGUUUGACUCCACGAGGUAUUCUCCUGUCCAUUCGUCUGCAAGAGUUUGAAUUGCUCUGUGUCUGGUUACUCCGCCUUGCCGAAGCUAGCAAGCCCUGCAUUUUUUUCUCUUGACACCUACUCCUGUGAAGACGUCCAGCAGCCAUGGGCAGAAAGGUUUAUGUGUGAGCCACCCUCACGGUGGCCCCAAGCGCUCUGCAGACCCCAGGCAGCUUCGAGGUGUCUUGGCCGUUCGGUGCUCUGCAGAUAUGAACGCUGAGCUUUUCUGGCACGUUCUCACGUUGGCCUGGUCGCUCUCACCAUGCUAGUACAUGGGAAAGAAGACUUCCUCUCAGACGUAGCUUACAUCAUCCUGGAACUGAUCAUUGCGGUGCUGGCCAUCCUGGGGAACGUCCUGGUCUGCUGGGCAGUCUAUUUGAACAGCAACCUGCAGAACGUCACCAACUAUUUCGUAGUGUCCCUGGCUGCUGCUGACAUUGCGGUGGGAGUGCUGGCAAUCCCCUUUGCCAUCACCAUCAGCACCGGCUUCUGUGCCUUCUUCUAUGGCUGCCUUUUCAUCGCCUGCUUCGUCCUGGUCUUGACGCAGAGUUCCAUCUUCAGCCUCCUUGCUAUCGCCAUCGACAGAAUCAUUGCGAUCCGCAUACCCCUCAGGUACAAUGGCUUGGUGACGGGCUCUCGAGCAAAAGGUAUCAUUGCCAUCUGCUGGGUAUUAUCUUUCAUCAUUGGCUUGACACCAAUGCUAGGGUGGCACAAUCGUUCCCACAUUGAAGAGCUGGGUGCUAAUAAGUCCUCUCCCAUCAACUGCAGCAACAGUAUGGUGGCAUGUCUCUUUGAAGCUGUGGUCACCAUGGAGUACAUGGUCUACUACAACUUUUUUGCCUGUGUGUUGUUGCCCCUUCUCCUCAUGUUUGGUAUCUACUUGAAAAUCUUCAUGGCAGCCCGGCGGCAGCUCAAGCAGAUGGAGAACAAGAUGGUGCAUGGGGAACGCUCACGCUCCACGUUGCAGAAGGAAGUCCACGCGGCCAAGUCUUUAGCCAUCAUUGUUGGAUUGUUUGCAGUCUGUUGGCUUCCACUACAUAUUAUCAACUGUUUCACCCUUUUUUGCCCAAAUUGUGCCCAUGCUCCCCUCUGGCUGAUGUAUCUGGCCAUUAUCCUGUCUCAUGCCAACUCGGUUGUAAAUCCUUUAAUUUAUGCCUACCGAAUCAGGGAGUUCCGAUACACCUUCCGUAAAAUCAUCAGCCAGCAUAUCCUGGGGAGGAAAGAGCAGUUCAAGGCAGGAACAGCCAGCAUUAGGACUUCUACGCAUGGUGGAGAUGGAGAGAACGCCAGCAUACGAAUCAGUGAGUAUGCAUUAGAAGUAUACACCAAUGGAGAGAUCCACAGGGAUCCUGAAAAGCAGGACUUAAACAAAUGCAAAGCUGUCUUGGAAUGGCAACAGAAUGGAAAUGCUCUGGACAUGGAGACAAAUGGGCAUCUCCCACGUUCCUGCAAAAAUGGGAUUCUCUCAGAUGCGUGUGUGAACAGGGAGCUUCACCAUGAAGAGUUAAUUGAUGCCCAGGUGUCUUUCUCAGACCUAGAAAGCACAGCCUUUGCAACAGCUGAUGUUUCCUGAUGAAUCGUUCAAAGUCUUCCUGGUAUAAUUAUUUUUUUUUUCCGUGGGUGGCCUCUGCCAUGGCAGAAGAUGAGGCUGGGGGGCGGGGGGAGAGAUGUGUAUUCAAGUUACUGUGGAGAAGGGGUCCUUACCCAGGACUGUUGUGGCAAUCCUAAAUACUAGACUGGAGAAAAGCCAAGAGACCACUGAAACUAACUGAGAAAGGAGGGACACGUGAUCCAUCGAUGACCUGUCACCAAGAGCAGUGCCAGGGUCAAAGAUGGCAUCCAAGCUGAGCACUGGGAGACUCUGCUGAUGCAGGGCAUAUCAUGACGUUAUGCUGUACUGUGUAUCUGUGGUUGUACAUCAGUUUCGCUGUCUUUACCAACAGAAAUAAAACCAUGGCUAAAAGCAUUCACUGGGUUGUAAAGAGCAACAAGGAGGAGCGUCUAAUACUUUGGCCCUGCAACAAAUGGACGGAGGAUGGCAACAUCUGUAGGUCAGGAAGGAUGCCAUCAGCUGCGUGGACAAGAAAGGAAUUUACCUGAUGGGAGCUUUGGAUACCUUCAACCAUGACAUUUUGUCUUUCAGUUCAUGUUUUUAAAGCUUAUAUACUGCAUCAGGUUGCUCGGAUGUUUUUUCUUGCCUUGGUUAGAUUACAUUACGUUAAGUUAUAAAGAUGAACAAGAACUCAUAUCCAUUCCCUGGGCGCUCAGUGUUCCAGGUGCACAAGACAAAUGUAACCUCAUAGCUCUUCACCCUAUCCAACAAAUAAUGAAAACUGAGACUAACAUCGAGUUCCCUUAGCAAAAGGACAGUUAGCAGGACUUGGUGCUAGAGCAUGGAUGGUCUUUGUCACCAGGGGUGGUCGUGCCCUGAGGUGCUGUGGAGAGUCAUCAGGUGUGAGGUGUCUGCGGGCUGGUGGGCUCUGUCUGGCUACUGCUUUUCCCUCUGUGUCUGUGCUUGCCCUGGGUUCCCAGAGUGCAAAUUAAUUCCAUGGUCCUAAGUUGUCAUUCUCACACAAAAGGCUGUGGGACACUUUUUCUUGUUUUUUGGUGGGGAGGCAGGGCGGGGAAUGACACAAGAUGAGACAUACCUACUUACUUUUUGGAAUCCCAACUCUGUCUGAACAUCUUUUUCUCCUGUGGUUUCAGUUGUUUCCUGAUGUGCUUUACUGUGGAGCCUGAUGUGUCCCAGCAGUGCAGAGGCCAACAGAUCUGAGUCUUUCUGGUUAGAAGAUAUUCCUACUCUGAGGAGCUGGAAGCAGUCAGUAUUAGUAGAAAUCUGCUUAUAAAGUGCAGUAGUCUGUGUAAGAGAACAGGCAAAUCUGCUACAGCAAAGGUAUGCACUGAUAUGAUCUGUUGAAGAGGAGUUGCACAGCAGUUUAGUAAUUUUCUCUAUCACCUAUGAAACGUGGUAGCUCAAGGACAGCAGAGUCCCAUGUUAGUUUGUAUUUUACCUGAAUAUUUUCCAGUCUUUGUUUUCCAGACAAAUAUUCCAUGCCCUGUGCCAUCAGCCUUCCAGGGAGAUGGGCAGUAAUGGUCCUACUAGAAACUUAGAAGUCUGGCAAUUCUGAGGAUCAGGAGCUUUUCCUUAGCUGAAAAUAUCAGAGGUGUCAGAGCCUGGCUCCUCCUCACGUCUCUCCAUUAACAUUUCAGAACCCAAAUAAUCUCAUUUUUAGGAAGGAAAGUGAAGCUGCAUUUUGAAAAUUGGAGAAGAGCACAUGAGGUUUGUGUGUUCUCCGUCCAUGUUUAUUUUAAAUAUUGUGAAUUAUUAGAAUGAAAAUUAAGUUUUAUUUGAAGAAAGUUUUCUUUCUUUUCCAGUCUGUCUGAAUGAAGGUGAGGAGUGGUUUAUAAGACUGAAUGUGUUCAAAGUACGUGACUGCUCUAGGCUAGCAGAAAGCUUACUGUGAGAUGGAUAAAAAAGAUGUGUUUGCCACCACAAUCCUUAGCAGAACGACAGGCAAGUGUAUAGAACAGUAGACUCCACAGUUUAAUUGAAUUGCUGCUUUCUUGGCAUGGCUCUACCACAUAGUCUAACGUCAGAGGUGUGGAUUAUCACUCUAGCACCAUUAGCAAAUACACAGCCAUUUCCCUAUGACUGAUGCUGUAGGCAGGCCCUCUGCAGGGUGACUUGGGAUCUUGUUGCUCUUCAUCUUCCUUGAUGGAAUGUUUCUGUCGGCCCUGUGCAGGAUGACUCCUCUGGCCUCCUGAAACAGCAGCAGAGGAAUUCAGUCUGAAAAAUGGGGAUCUGAUCUCUUUAGGCCUCAGCUGGGAGCCGAAAUGUUUCUAAAAAUAACGCAAGAUUACAUCCGGUAUUCAUGUCAAUAACAAUUGGGUUCACAAAGAAGCAGAGCAGGGAAGGAAGUGUGGGAAAAUACCAGCACCGCUCAUGUACUGGAACACACACAAGUGCAGAAGUAUCUCCUAUUGAGCUUGAGAUGCCAUUGUAAAGGGAUGUUUUAUGCCAUGUUGCAUCAGACUUUCAACAGCUGGUGUAGGUUGAUUGCUUUCUAUUGUUUCCUGAGCUUCUUCACACUCAAUUGUGGGUUCUUCUUGCUUGGUUGCCACAAGAAUCAAAUUGAUCUCUGUUGAUGUGACAAAAUUAAGAUUGUCCGUCUGGAAAACUAUCCUGAACAAGAUUGCCAUGCAAACUUAGAGUUUCCAUCUGUCCUGAAGUCAGUUUUUCUGUCACUGUUUGAGUUGCCUCCCAAGUGUGUCCAGUCUCUUUCAAUAUUAGUGAUCUAGAUUUGAAAUGAAAAGGACCAGGGGAUGUGUGUAGAAGGAGGACAUGCAGUGGGAGUAAGGAGGCAGUGUGUUUUGUAUGGAAUUGGAAGUCUGUAGUCACAGGAAGGAACGGAUGGCCAAUUGCACCACACGCUGUGUGCCUUCUGGCAAACAUAUGUCUGAGAUGGACCUUCAGAAGAUGUUUCUGAAGUUGUUGGGGGGGGAGCAUGAGCCUUUUUGAACAGAAUUUUGGAAUUCUUAUUUCUUCUUUCAUGAUUUCAAGGCUUCCUUCCUUUUAUUGAAAUAGAAGCUUUAGAGUCCCAUGAAUAAAAUGUGCUCUCCACUCUUGAGAAAUGUACCUCUUCCAAACUACACAGAGCAAAAGUCAUUUGAAAAGUUAAAAUUGAAUAUUUUUUUCCUAACUUUCCUACUCAUCUUCCCAUUUUCCUUCCAGCUGGAGAUUUAGCUGAUGAAAUAGCUAUUCUGGAUAAACAAAGAUGGUACAAGACAAAGGGAAGAAUGAGGUGACCGUCAGGAGAGGCUAGAGAAGAUCUCCUUAGGAAUCCAAGGUGCAGUGAGUCCAGAGAGUAAGAGCUGGGGUAAGAAGAGACUAAUUUCAUUGAAUUGGAACAUGUUACUAAAAAUGGCUCAAAAACCCAUAGAGAGAUGCGGUGCCUCGUUUGGUGAGAGGGCAUUCCAUGAAUUUCACCACUCCCUUGAGACUCCUAGGCUCCAGGCUUUAUUUGCUUUAUAGGGUUUUGGAGAAAGUAAAAUUCUGAUCAGUUGCCAGGAGUAAUUUUAUCGAGAGUUCUUCUUAGGUCUCUUUCCUCAAUAGGGCACUGCUUUUUGUGCAUGCAAAUAAAUGCACUUAGAAUUUUGUUCUGUGCUUUCUUUUGGAUCGGCAGUAGCUCAGAGUUCUGUGCAAGCUUGAACUGCAGCUUUUGAAUGGAGCCAGGUGAGAUGAGAAGGAGAUGUAGUGAGGCUGACACCAGUUUGACAGAGGGCAUGGUAGGACAGUUGGGGUACUGUAGACAGAGGGCACUUGCCACUGGUCCCAGCUGGUGCUAGAAAGCUUAUCGUGCAGACAGGUUUGGGAGUUAUGUGGAGUACUCCAAAUCUUUGAUCAGUCUUUGAAAAGAAGCUCCAGGGGAUGUUGGAGGGUAUAGGAAAGUCUCUAAGGUGGGAGAACAGACUGGGGUGUUAAGGUUUGAUGGGAAAUCUUGAUGUGGAAGGAAGAUUUGUAGAGUAUGUGUUUGGGAAGAUAUCAUGGGAGCAGGAAUGUGCUGGGAAGAGCUGAAGUUUGCCCUAAUGGCUUCAGAGCAGUGUGGAUGGCUGAAUAAGGAAUCUGGAAGGGAUUUAUAGUCUUAUGGCUCUCCUGGGUCACUGUAGAGGGGGCAGCCUUGCCCUGAUGGCUGCAGAGGAUUAACUUUGGUUUAUAUGUGACUGAAGAAGAGAGAUGUUUUUUUUUCUGGAUUGUCUCAUUUUCAGAUCCAUUGUCUCAUUUCAUAAGCAUAGUCAGGUGAAACAAGCCCUUCUGCUUCAUGAGCAUCACUCCACACGCACCAUCCUACCCCCCAGAAAAAUCAAUUCAGCCAUGCUUUGUGGGAAGGAGAAGCACACUGUAACUGCUGUGAUGCAUUGAAACUGUAGAAUACUCUCCAGAGGUGUUUGGUACAUUAGCUGUCUAAUAGUUCUCUCCUGAUUUGUUUUGGGCAUCAGACUGCUCUGAGACAGACCACGGAGCUUUGUCUUUCUGGCCCUGAGCUUCUGACCUUUUUUACAGUAAAACACAUCAAGAGUAACUAAAAUGACACCAGUUCCUGAUUUGCACGAGGCAACUAAACCCUAAAUGAGGCAAUGUUCUGUAUAGCUUCCUGUGUUAUUCGUCUGCUGGGACUCUUAACACAAGAAUGUGUUGCAUUCAAGACUGGAACCUGUUGAUCUGAGAACACCCUUUGCUUCCCCUGUUCUGUCUCAGGAGCUGAUGCUCCUGCCCCCUUUUCUGUGGAGGGUUGUCCCUGUGGUCUGUCAGCCAAGACACUACGAAUUGCACACGCUGUCACUGAGAAACACUUACUCUUUUAAUUUAAAUGUUUUAUGAAUAUAGUUGUUGUUUUCCCUCUGUUUGUCAGUUACCAGUGGGAGGGGAGGGAAAGGGGUGGGAGAAUCUGUGCAUGCAUUUGUAUUUAAAGUGCGUUGACCAAAGUUUGUUUUCUUUUUUGAACCUGUGAAGUUUUCAUAUCUGUGAAGUCAUCAGACUGCUGGGCAGUGAGGAGCCACUGGUGCUGCUGAGUCUGUCUUGGUUACAUUUCUUAAUAAGCAUUAAAAUAAUAAAAUAUAUUUGUAAAAGUGA